AUCCCACACCGAGGAAUGGCUAAUGUGUAAUGACCAUCCAGUCCAGAUAUUUCCGCAAAACCUGCGCGAUAAGGAACCUCCAGGAAACCAGAACACACGGCCGUUAAAGAUCCACAGCCACUCAGCUGGUUGGAUCGAGCUCCCCAGCCGGUUAACAUGGUCGUGUCAGCGAGGCGCAAGGUUUUAGCACACAACUUCUGCCUGCUGCUCCUCACCAUGGCGUCUGCAGGGGACGUGUUCGAGCACGGACGCCAUGGCACCAGCCUCUUCAAGGUCCAAGAGGCCGGAAGGUGCUGCAGUCCUCCAGCCGACGGCCGCGCCAACGACCCGCCGAAGCCGCUGCUGAUAGCCGCGCCUUGCGACGCCGGGGAGUACCCGGUGGUGCUGUUCUUGCACGGCUACCUCUGCAACAACUACUUCUACUCCCAGCUGCUCCAGCAUGUGGCCUCCCAUGGCUUCAUCGUCAUCGGCCCUCAGCUGUACACUGUCUCCGGGCCCGACACCACCGGCGAGAUAAACUCGGCGGCAGCCGUCAUCAACUGGCUCGCCGACGGCCUUUCCUCCACCGCGCUCCCACCCAACGUUCGCCCGAACCUAACCGCCGUGACCAUCUCCGGCCACAGCCGCGGCGGCAAGGUGGCCUUCGCGCUGGCUUUGGGCCACGCCAAGACAUCCCUGCCACUGGCGGCGCUCAUCGCCGUCGACCCCGUGGACGGCAUGGCCGUGGGCAAGCAGACGCCCCCGCCCAUCCUCACCAACAAGCGAAGCUCCCUGCGCGUGCCGGCGCCGGCCAUGGUCAUCGGCUCGGGGCUGGGCUCGGAGCCUCGCAACGCGCUCUUCUCGCCGUGCGCGCCGUUGGGGGUGAGCCACGCGGCCUUCUACGACGAGUGCGCGGGCGCGGCGUGCCACCUGGUGGCCAGGGACUACGGGCACACGGACAUGAUGGACGACGUGACGAGGGGCGCCAAGGGCCUGGCCACGCGCGCCGUCUGCAAGAGCGGCGAGGCCCGGGCGCCCAUGAGGCGCUUCGUCGGGGGCGCCAUGGUGGCGUUCCUCAAGAAGUGGGUGGAGGGGCGGCCCGAGUGGCUGGACGGCAUCAGGGAGCGGCCCGAGGUGGCGCCCGUGUUUCUGUCGGUGGUCGAGUUUCAGGAUGAAGGAUGCUCCAGCUAGGAUAGGAUACGUAACGUAUAUGCAGGUGCUGCUAGCUUUUGCGUUUGUCUUAGUAGUUGAAUGGACAGUGAUAAACUCGAUGAGAUGUGCUAGGAAUUUAUUACAUGUUCGUACGUCAACAUUCAACAAAACAAAUACAGUUACGGAUCAUGGAUACAGUUACGUGAAAAUGCAUAAGAAUUAAUACUC